UAUUUUACUUAUAUACACAUGCACGGUUAGUGUUGAUCAGUUGAGUCAGACUCUAGGUAGAUACCGAUAAUACUAUACUACGCUCUUCCCUACAAAAUAUUCAAAAAUCAUAAUAUAAAAACAAGUUGUAUUCUAUCUGUAUUUAUACUAUGCCAGAACUAAAGUAAAGACAAUCGGUGCAUAAUCUACGAGGAUCCCUCAAACAGUUGAAGAUGUUGAGUUACGAUCCAAACCGGGAUGAGUAUAUCGAGGUUGAUUUUGAUGAGUUUUCAGACAGUGAUGAUGAUGUAGAUGAUCUGAAUCCGACAGAUACAGUGAGGUCACUGCAACCUCUUUUAGUGCUUAUGAAGCACAGGAAAAGAAGGAAAUAUCGUACAAGUCUGCUAAACCGCCUCUAUCUAAGCCGCAUCGUUCGAAAAUCAGGCCGACUCAAUACCUUCCUCACAAAGUUACCCAACAAAAACUUAUCUUACAUCAGAGACCUGGGCAACACAAUACUCACCCUCAGGUGGCGCUGGAUGCUACUAACCCUUUGCUUGGUCAACUUUGGCUGCUUCGUCGUGUUUAGCUGGCUGUGGAUGUUGCUGGCCCAGGUCAGCGGUGAUUUUGACAAUUCAACAGUGUCAGACACACCCUGCAUAGUAAACGCCAGAACCAUGACAGGAUAUCUUCUUCUAAGUAUAGAGACGAUGACAACCAUAGGUUACGGAUAUAGGUAUCCUAGUGAACACUGUAUAGGUGGAUGGUUUCUUCUAAUGAUGCAGGCGAUCUUUAACACUUUUGUCCAGGGCGCCUUGGUUAGUGCUGUCUAUGCCAAGACCUCCAAACCAUUUACAAAAGCCUCGUCAUUGUUUAGUAAAAGAGCAGUGGUAUGUCUGCGAGACGGAAAAUUGUGUUUCAUUUUCCGAAUACACGACUUUUCGAAGAAGAUAUGGUGCGGCACCAAUAUCUCACUCUAUUUUAUCGACAAGGAACAAACCGACUUGGACGGCGACUUCGAAAUGCAACAGAUGACGAUCGAACCGCACGGCCUACUUAUUUUUCCUUUGGAAAUAGAACAUGUCAUUGAGGAAAACAGCCCGCUUUGGAAAUUCAGGCCGUUUGAGUUCCUGCAUGGAAGAUUCGAAAUAGUUGCAGUAGCUGAGGGUAGUUCUACAAUCACAGGUCAGGUGUCACAGAACAGAACAUCUUACUCCCACUCUGACAUCAUGUGGGGUCACAGGUUUCAGCCUUGUGUUGAAUAUGACGAAAAUACGAAAACGUAUGUGGUGGAUUACAAGAAAUUCAAACAGGUCAUCCCAUUUGAUACGCCACUGUGCAGUGCAAGAAAACUUGCUGAAAUGCGACGCAGGUUUGACAACGAUGCAGAAUUAACAUUACGAAUGACGAACGAGAUCAACAAAAGACAAUUAACAAGCAUACCGGAAGGUGAUAGUGACAAUGACAGGUUUAGACGUAGUAAAGAAGAGACUAGAAAGGAAACAAAAGAAGAAAGAAUACCGGAAGUAUUUAGAAAAUUAUUUCAUCCUGAGAGUGUACAUGAUUUACACAUAUAUAAGGAACGAAAUAAACAACAAUAAAUAUA